AUGGAGUCUCGCUCCUUUGAGCGCGACUAUGAGGCAAUGGACCUGAUAAUUGACGGCGCCUUCUCUCACGUGCGUAGGUGUCGACACCGCUUGAGUGGAAAAAUGGCAGUGACAAAAGAGCUUUGUAAUACAAAGCUAAUGCCUCAUGAGUUUCUAUCGUCAAAGAAAAACGGGAAAAUGGUCCCCACCGAAAUUUGGCUACUAGAAGUGAUGCAUCAUCCAAAUAUUGUAAAAUUUUUUGAAUAUUAUGAAACGACGCUUGGUUAUCAAAUGGUGAUGGAGUAUCGACCAGAUUCGACGGAUUUAUUUGAGUUCUUGGGCACCGAUCCAAAACUUGAUGACAUGUUGCUGUGCUUCAUUUUUCGACAGGUGGUUGAAGCAGUCAAUCAUUUGCAUAGUAUGGGCUUUUGCCAUGGUGAUUUGAAAGACGAGAACGUGGUGUUGGAUCAGAAUUUUCGCUGUAUGCUGAUUGAUUUUGGAUCGGCGUUUCCUUCCGACUCGCUAGUGACGCAAGAGACCUUGCGUACCACAUACAUUUACAUGUGUCCAGAAUUGAUACGGGGAGAUAGCUGCUCCGGUGUCCCAGCAGAAAUGUGGCAGCUCGGUGUGCUGUUGUACAGACUCUGUGCCCCGAAUCUACCAUUUUUCACCGGAAUCCAAUCAAUGGAUAAAACUCCCGAACUCCCGGAACAAGCCUCUUCCGGAGCCAAGCAUUUGUUGUCAUGGCUUCUCGCAGCCGAUCCAUCAAACCGUGCUGGAUUAUCAGAAGUUCUCGAGCAUUGGUGGACCAAUCAAAACGUUCCGAUUGAAAAUUACCAUUGGGAUCAGCUGUAUCAAGAAUCCGACAAAGGAACCGACUCCCCUCCGAGCUCUACAGUAACCCCCGAAAUCCCCACAACUAUCAGGAAAACGGAUUUCGACAAUAACAUUGUCGCCCGAGAAUUAUUAGCGCAAUUAGACGACAUGACGUCUAUG